CCCUUUUCUAUUUUUGAACAGGCAUGUUCCGGGCAGCUCACCCGACUCCUUAGAUUACUAUGGGAUCGGUAGGGUCCUGAGCGUUGGGGACGCAGGAAAGCAUAGCCUGGGAAGACGGGCUUGGACUCAGGAGAAGAAUCCGACAUCGAGACCUUCUGGGGAAUUUUAUUUUAUAUUAUUUUAUUAUUGUUUGGGGCUUGGUUGUACUGAGGGAGGAAGAGGAGAUUGUGUCGCCCCGUCGAACUUGUGGCAGCCUGAAGGCCCCCUCAGGCGGCGCCGCGGGCAGCCCCGCAGCCGGGGCCUGGUGCAGCCGCCGCGGCCGCUGUCAGGGAAGCGCAGGCGGCCAAUGGAACCCGGGAGCGGUCGCUGCUGCUGAGGCGUCGGUGUCGGCAGUCCGACCCCGACUGCCCGCACCCCCUCCGCGGGGGUCCCCCAGAGAGUUGGGUCCACACUCCAUGAGAAUAAGUUUGCUGAACACCAUCCAAAGCAGCAAGUUGAGAUUCUUUGAUGUGGGAAAGAGGUUCAGGAGGAACCCUUCAAUAAUUGGCAUGGGACAAGAGGGGACCCAGUUCAAGUGUAUUUGGGACUCGCAGUAGGGAGGAACAAUUCAGAGAGAGCUGCUGCUCUGCCUGACCUGCAACAACUCCUUGUCACUCAGACCAGAAUUCUCUACUUUGCCCAGAUGGGAGCUGUGGAACCCCGUCAGUUGUCAACACUCCCAUCUUCCGUCCCACUUUCCUAGGGGCCAGCUGUUAGUUAGUCUGUGGAACAGGAGAGCUUGAAAGCUCGAAGUCUGGCUGUGGCCAUGGGAGAUACAGUAGUGGAGCCUGCCCCGCUGAAGCCAACUUCUGAGCCCACUUCUGGCCCACCAGGGAAUAAUGGGGGGUCCCUGCUAAGUGUCAUCACGGAGGGGGUCGGGGAACUAUCAGUGAUUGACCCUGAGGUGGCCCAGAAGGCCUGCCAGGAUGUGUUGGAGAAAGUCAAGCUUUUGCAUGGAGGCGUGGCAGUCUCUAGCAGAGGCGCCCCACUGGAAUUGGUCAAUGGGGAUGGUGUGGACAGUGAGAUCCGUUGUCUGGAUGAUCCACCUGCCCAGAUCAGGGAGGAGGAAGAUGAGAUGGGAGCCACUGUGGCCUCAGGCACAGCCAAAGGAGCAAGAAGACGGCGGCAGAACAACUCGGCUAAACAGUCUUGGCUGCUGAGGCUGUUUGAGUCAAAACUGUUUGACAUCUCCAUGGCCAUUUCAUACCUGUAUAACUCCAAGGAGCCUGGAGUACAAGCCUACAUCGGCAACCGGCUCUUCUGCUUUCGCAAUGAGGACGUGGACUUCUAUCUACCCCAGUUGCUUAACAUGUACAUCCACAUGGAUGAGGACGUGGGUGAUGCCAUUAAGCCCUACAUAGUCUACCGUUGCCGCCAGAGCAUUAACUUUUCCCUCCAGUGUGCCCUGUUGCUCGGGGCCUACUCUUCAGACAUGCACAUUUCCACUCAGCGACACUCCCGUGGGACCAAGCUACGGAAGCUGAUCCUCUCAGAUGAGCUGAAGCCAGCUCACAGAAAGAGGGAGCUGCCCUCCUUAAGCCCAGCCCCUGACACAGGGCUGUCUCCCUCUAAAAGGACUCACCAGCGCUCUAAGUCAGAUGCCACCGCCAGCAUAAGUCUCAGCAGCAACCUGAAACGAACAGCCAGCAACCCUAAAGUGGAGAAUGAGGAUGAGGAGCUCUCCUCCAGCACCGAGAGUAUUGAUAAUUCAUUCAGUUCCCCUGUUCGACUGGCUCCUGAGAGAGAAUUCAUCAAGUCCCUGAUGGCGAUCGGCAAGCGGCUGGCCACGCUCCCCACCAAAGAGCAGAAAACACAGAGGCUGAUCUCAGAGCUCUCCCUGCUCAACCAUAAGCUCCCUGCCCGAGUCUGGCUGCCCACUGCUGGCUUUGACCACCACGUGGUCCGUGUACCCCACACACAGGCUGUUGUCCUCAACUCCAAGGACAAGGCUCCCUACCUGAUCUAUGUGGAAGUCCUUGAAUGUGAAAACUUUGACACCACCAGUGUCCCUGCCCGGAUCCCCGAGAACAGAAUUAGGAGUACAAGAUCUGUAGAGAACUUGCCUGAAUGUGGUAUCACCCAUGAGCAGCGAGCUGGCAGCUUCAGCACUGUCCCCAACUAUGACAAUGAUGAUGAGGCCUGGUCAGUGGAUGACAUAGGCGAGCUGCAAGUGGAGCUCCCUGAAGUACACACCAACAGCUGUGACAACAUCUCCCAGUUCUCUGUGGACAGCAUCACCAGCCAGGAGAGCAAGGAGCCUGUGUUCAUUGCAGCAGGGGACAUCCGCCGGCGCCUUUCGGAACAGCUGGCUCACACCCCAACAGCCUUCAAACGAGACCCAGAAGAUCCUUCUGCAGUUGCUCUCAAAGAGCCCUGGCAGGAGAAAGUACGGCGGAUCAGAGAGGGCUCCCCCUACGGGCAUCUCCCCAAUUGGCGGCUCCUGUCGGUCAUUGUCAAGUGUGGGGAUGACCUUCGGCAAGAGCUGCUGGCCUUUCAGGUGUUGAAGCAACUGCAGUCCAUUUGGGAACAGGAGCGAGUGCCCCUCUGGAUCAAGCCAUACAAGAUUCUUGUGAUUUCAGCCGACAGUGGCAUGAUUGAACCAGUGGUCAACGCUGUAUCCAUCCAUCAGGUGAAGAAACAGUCACAGCUCUCCUUGCUCGAUUACUUUCUACAGGAGCACGGCAGUUAUACCACUGAGGCAUUCCUCAGUGCCCAGCGCAAUUUUGUGCAAAGUUGUGCUGGCUACUGCUUGGUCUGCUACCUGCUGCAAGUCAAGGACAGACACAAUGGGAAUAUCCUUUUGGACGCAGAAGGCCACAUCAUCCACAUCGACUUUGGCUUCAUCCUGUCCAGCUCACCCCGAAAUCUGGGCUUUGAGACGUCAGCCUUUAAGCUGACCACAGAGUUUGUGGAUGUGAUGGGCGGCCUGGAUGGCGACAUGUUCAACUACUACAAGAUGCUGAUGCUGCAGGGGCUGAUUGCUGCUCGGAAACACAUGGAUAAGGUGGUGCAGAUCGUGGAGAUCAUGCAGCAAGGUUCUCAGCUUCCUUGCUUCCAUGGUUCCAGCACCAUCCGAAACCUCAAAGAGAGGUUCCACAUGAGCAUGACUGAGGAGCAGCUGCAGCUGCUGGUGGAGCAGAUGGUGGAUGGCAGUAUGCGCUCUAUCACCACCAAACUCUAUGACGGCUUCCAGUACCUCACCAACGGCAUCAUGUGACACGCUCCUCAGGCCAGGAGUGGGGGGGGAGGUCCAGGGCACCCUCCCUAGAGGGCCCUUUUCUGAGAAACCCCAAACCAGGAAACCCCAUCUACCCAACCAUCCACCCAAGGGAAAUGGAAGGCAAGAAACCCGAAGGAUCAUGUGGUAACUGCGAGAGCUUGCCACGGGGUAGGAGAGCCAGCUGUGGGGUCCAGACUUGCUGGGGCUUCCCUGCCCCCCUGCUCUGUGUCAGUAUUACCACCGGACAGACUCCAGGACUCACUGCCCUCCGGAGAACAGAGGCGAUGAACAUGAGGGACGCUGUGGCCUUUCUUCUCCUGUAGGGGUCUGAAGGGUUCUUUCCACAGGCCAUCCUCUUACUCCGUUCUGGGGCCCAGGAAGCAGGGAAGAGUAGGGUCUCGGUACUUAGGACUUGAUCCUGUGGUUGGCCACUGGCCAUGCUGCUGCCCAGCUCUGCCCCUCCCAGGGACCGACCCCUGGCCCAGGCCCCCCUUGCUGGUGGGCGCUGCGUGGGCCCUGCACUUGCUGAGGUUCCCCGUCAUGGACACGGAAGGGAAUUCCCACAGCCCUCCAGAGUACUGAGGGUACUGGCCUAGCCAUGGGGAAUUCCCUGACUCCUUCCCCAAACCCAGGGAAAAGAGCUCUCAAUUUUUUAUUUUUAAUUUUUGUUUGAAAUAAAGUCCUUAGUUAGCCACUUGUGUCAUUUCCAGGUGUUCUGGGGGAGUGCGGGGGGUGGGGGGGAGAUGGGUGAUGAGGCGUGAACGGAUGCCUCAGUGUCCAAGAUACAGAAGGUACCACACAGAAAGAGGUUUGCUUUUUCCCUGCCUGUCUUGGUCACCACCACCUCUUCUCUGAGAAGGAAAGGCCUCCCAUGUUCUGACUCUCACCCGCUUCCUGUCAAGUCCACACUGUCCAAGUCACAGAAAGAGAGGCCUGAAUGGAGAUGAGACCACAAGCAGUUUAAUGGUCUGGUUUUCUCCCUAGUUCCCCCACUGUUAGUAUUAUUACUACAAGAAUAAAGGAUUCCUGAGAGCCUGUC